AGUACUGCAACAUGAUCAAUGAGACAGAUGGAAAUCAGUUUCCACCACAUAUUGAGAAGGACAAUAAAAUAUAUGUCUUUAGUACUGACCUGUGCAGGUCGUUAUACCUUGAAUACGAAAAAAACGUUUUUAUUCGAGGUAUCUCAGCUUAUCGAUUUACCACCCCAACAAAACUUUUUGGUAAUCCCAGCACGAAUCCAAGCAACAAAUGCUUUUGUACAGAUCCCCAAAGCUGUUUACAUGAUGGAACUAUUGAGUUAUCAGCAUGCCAGCAAGGUUCUCCAGUAGUUGCGUCUACACCUCACUUUUAUCAAGGGUCCUCAAAGUACCGAGAAGAUGUGAUUGGAUUCAAACCUGAGAAAACUAAACAUGAAACGUACCUGGAUGUUGAACCAAUGACUGGUUUGGUUCUAAAUGGCAGAAAAGGAAUUCAGCUGAAUGUAUACGUUAAACAGAAUUCUUAUAUAGCAGGUCUAACCAACAUUAAAGAUGUUCUGAUGCCUCUAGCUUGGUUAAGUGAGUCUGCAUCCCUGGAUGAAGAAAAAGCCGAAGAUUUCAGAUGGCAAGUUCAAACUCCUGUGAAAAUUGGUACGGGAACCACGCUGGCAGCAGUUGUUGUUGGAUCGCUGUGGACACUUCUUGCUGCUGGAGCAGCCAUCUUUUUCUCAACGUAAGAGCAGUUCUAUUGGAGUCAGCUCGGAACAUUCAUUCACACCUGUGAAAACCCAACAGAAAAUGCAACGUGGAACCAUUAACAGAGUUCUGGAAGCAUAGCGAGAACUACUGAUAAAUGUAGCAUUGUUGUUAACCCUGUUUGAUGACACUUUCCGAAGCGGAGCCAAGAACCGGCUAAAGAUUUCAAACACUUAUGGUUCAGAUCAGUGUGUUGAUCCAACCAGCAAUUUCUCAGAUCCUUCUCAGUGUUGAUAUGACCAUUCACUAAUACACUAGUUAGAUCCAUAUCACUGUGUGUUAGUACAAGUAUUCACUGAUCCACUGGUUAGAUCCAUAUCACUGUGUGCUAGUACAAAUAUUCACUGAUCCACUAGUUAGAUCCAUAUCACUGUGUGCUAGUACAAAUAUUCACUGAUCCACUGGUUAGAUCCAUAUCACUGUGUG